AUGAAAUGGCAUCCCGAUUGGACACUCAUGGCAUCCUCUGACAUUAAGAAGGGUCUGACAUUUGAGUCAGAUCCGCAGGAGAUCAUCAUCAGCAAAGACCUCGCCCGUGCUACGUUUCAUUUUGUUCACGAUGCUCUAGAACAAUUAACGGACUCGGAUGUCAAGAACCUAACUCCAUACCACCGAUUCAUGUUCGAAUGGAUGCUGAAGGUAGACAAUCGGGCUAUGACUGGUGAGCUUGACGAUGGGAGCAGAUCGUGGGCUACUGCCAGUGACGUCUCAAAGAAGGAAUUGUACGACGAAGUCUCCAAAGCCAGUGUCAACGGUCAAUUAACUUGUCGCAUUGGCCACUCACUAGUGAAUAUCUUGAGGCAACAGACAGCACCACUCGAAUUAAUGAUGGAAGGCAACCUCCUUUAUGAGUUUUACGAAAACGCUCUCCAUGCCGAUCGAUCCUACCUACAAGUAGAACGUCUAGUCCGCCUGUUUGGCCACAAGACCCCUCGGGGAAAGAUACUCGAAAUAGGAGGCGGUACUGGCGGCUGCACAACAUCAGUACUGCAGGCUCUGACCAGCGAUUCUGUCGCCGGUACUCAAUUCCACUUCUCUCAUUACGACUUUACGGAUAUUUCAUCCGGAUUCUUUGAGCAAGCCGCUGAUAAAUUCGCUAAAUGGGCGGGCCUCAUGUCGUUCAUGAAGCUCGACAUAGAAGUAGAUCCCACGACUCAGUCUUUUGAGGCAGGAAGCUACGACCUAAUUGUAGCCAGCCAGGUCCUGCAUGCCACCAAGAAUAUGCAAACAACUAUGUCGAAUGUCCGCAAGCUUCUGAAGCCAGGCGGCAAAUUAAUCAUGGUCGAGACCACCACAGACACAAUCGAUGUUCAGCUGAUCUUCGGUACCCUGCCAGGAUGGUGGGCGGGUGCGGAAGAAGGAAGAAAGGCUGGUCCGAACAUGUCCACGCAAACAUGGAACAUGACUCUCCUAGAUACUGGUUUCUCCGGUCUAGACGUGGAAGUUGGCGAUUGCGAGGACAGCAGACAGACAUCAUUUAGUACUAUGCUUACCACAGCUGUUGGCAAGCCACCUCGUGAGGAUCACCAUCAGAUUGACUGCGAGUUCGCUCAUGAGAUGGCAGAUUUCGUCGGGUCAGAAAUUCCUCUGAAAGUGGACAUCGAGACUACUGGACUCUUGGACAGUCUCAGGUUCGUUGAGAACGAGGUCAUGUAUGAGCCUCUCCCUGACGAUUACAUCGAGCUUGAGCCAAAGGCGUUUGGUGUCAACUUUAGAGAUGUCUUGAUCACCCUCGGCCACAUUGAUGGCAACCAUCUCGGCUAUGAGUGUAGUGGUGUUAUCACGCGUGUCGGCAAAGGUGUCGAUAGCUCUCAAUUCAAAGUGGGCGACCGAAUCUGUGCCGUUAUGAAGGCCAUUUCGGAACACCCUGCCAGGCUCGAAGAAGGCGAGAGUGUCCUUAUCCACGCUGCAAGUGGUGGAGUAGGUCAGGCUGCCAUUAUGCUCGCAAAACAACGCAAGGCGGAGAUUUUCGUCACUGUGGGUACGGAAGCCAAACGCGAUUUUAUCAUGCAGAUAUAUGGCAUUGCAGAAGACCACAUCUUCUCGAGCAGAGACACGUCUUUUGCCGCCGGUAUCAUGGCCGCAACCAACGGCAAUGGCGUGGACGUGAUACUCAACUCGCUAGCGGGCAACCUGCUAAAGGAAUCGUGGAAUUGUAUUGCGAGCUUUGGCCGCUUCAUCGAGAUCGGCAAACGUGAUAUUGAACAGAAUAAGUGUCUUGAGAUGCAGCCAUUGCGACGAGCCGCCUCCUUUGCCGCAAUUGAUCUAAACCACAUGAUCAAACAUCGCACCCAUUCCAUCGCGAAAGCCAUGCGAGAGGUCAUGAAUUUGUGGUCCAAGGGGCUCAUCAAUGCACCCACACAAAUUACGCAGUUUGCCAUGUCCGAGAUGACCAGCGCUUUCAGGCUGAUGCAAUCGGGGAAGCAUCUUGGAAAAGUUGUUUGCGUGCCGAGAGCUGGUGAUCUAGUUAAGGACUCUAUCUUCGAACUCAUGACGUAUGAUCAGUGGCAGUCAGCGCUCCGUCCUAAGGUCGAUGCGACAUGGAAUUUACACAGGCAUGUGCCUGACCUGGACUUCUUUGUGAUGCUGUCCUCCCUCAUUGGAGUGGGUGGCGGUACCAGUCAGGCUAAUUAUGCUGCUGGUUCUACAUUCCAGGACGCCUUUGCACGUUGGCGUCGCUCUCAAGGCUUGGCUGCUGUCUCUAUUGAUCUCGGCGCUAUCGAAGUCGUCGGCUUUGUUGCAGAGAACGAGGGUGUCCGCGAGCGCCUGGCGAAGAUUGGCAUGGAGCCCAUUGCUGCGGAGCGCGCUAUGCGAUUGAUUGAGUCUGCCAUGCGCAACCCUCUGCGACCCAUCAAGUCGACACAAGUGAUCACCGGUAUCCGUGCUUACUAUGAGGCGGAAGAGGUAGCAUGGAAGCGUGACCGACGUUUCUGGUCACUUCGGCGACAUUCGGCGUUGGAAUCAGGUAAUGGGCCCGCGAACAAAACCACAGCCGCGUCCUUGAUCAAGGACCGUAUCGCUUCCGCCAAGAGCUGGAACGAAGUGGUCGGCUUCUGUGUCGACGCUCUCGCGAAUAAGGUGUCUGAGAUGUUUGCUGUUCCGGUCGAACAAGUUGACGUGACGUUGUCGAUGGCCUCCUACGGUGUCGACUCUCUUGUCGCGGUAGAGGUCCGUAAUUGGCUCUCUGCGACAGCUCGGGCGGAGUUGUCUACUUUCGAUAUCAUGCAAAGCCCAUCGUUGGCAUCACUGGCUACAAAAGCAGCAGAGAAGAGUCAGUACGCCGCCCAAACGGGACUGAAGGCUCCUUGA